AAAAAUCGUCGUCUCCUCUUUCCCUUCCUGCUUGCUUUCCCCGCAACAAGCGAAGUCUAAUCCCCAUCUCCCCUCCAAAAAUUCUCCAAUUUCACCCAAAAUCCGCCUUAUUCCCUCAACGAUGUGGGCAGCAUCGUGCCUAGCUUCAUGCUGCCGCGCCUGCGCGUGCGAGGCGUGCUCCGUGGUCGGCGGCAUCUCCCGCUCCGCUCGCAUCGCUACGUGGCUUUUCGCCCUCUCCCUCAUCGUCUCCUGGAUUCUCCGAGAGGUCGCUGCCCCCUUGAUGGAAAAACUCCCUUGGAUUAAUCACUUUCAUCGGACGCCUGAUCGGGAGUGGUUCGAGACUGACGCGGUGCUUAGGGUUAGCUUGGGGAAUUUCCUUUUUUUUACGCUUCUUGCGGUGCUGAUGAUGGGGAUCAAGGAUCAGAAGGAUCCUAGGGAUCGGAUUCAUCAUGGAGGGUGGACGGCUAAGAUUUUUUGCUGGUUUGUUGUGGUGAUCCUCAUGUUCUUUGUUCCUAAUGGGCUCGUCAGCUUCUAUGAGACCAUAUCAAAAUUUGGCUCGGGAUUGUUCCUUCUGGUUCAAGUUGUUCUCUUGCUGGAUUUCGUUCAUGGAUGGAAUGACAGCUGGGUUAGUAAGGAUGAGCAGUUCUGGUACAUGGCGUUGCUUGUUGUUUCCCUUGUUUGCUAUGUAGCCUCAUUCUCAUUCUCUGGGUUGCUCUUCCAUUGGUUUACACCAUCUGGACAAGAUUGUGGCCUCAACACCUUUUUUAUUGUUUUCACAUUAGUUUUGGUUUUUGUGUUCGCUGUGGUUGCUCUACAUCCGCAGGUAAAUGGCAGCCUUCUGCCUGCUUCAGUAAUCUCCCUCUACUGUACUUACCUAUGCUACAGUGCUCUCUCUAGCGAGCCAAGAGACUACGAAUGUAACGGCCUCCAUAACCAUUCAAAAGCUGUUUCUACCGGAAGUCUCACCCUGGGCUUGGUCACAACUGUCCUCUCUGUAGUCUACUCUGCAGUUCGUGCCGGUUCUUCAACUACCCUACUCUCACCACCGAGCUCACCGCGUGCUGAUAAGCCUCUGCUACCCUUUGACAAGUUGGAGGACCAAGAGGAUAGGAAGAAAGAGGAAGCAAAGCCAGUCUCAUACUCAUAUUCCUUCUUCCACCUAAUCUUCUCUCUUGCUAGUAUGUACUCUGCAAUGCUUCUUACAGGAUGGUCGAGCUCGGUUGGGGAGAGUGGAAAGCUUGUUGAUGUUGGAUGGCCGUCGGUUUGGGUGAGGAUUGUGACUCAAUGGGGAACUGCUGGUCUAUUUAUUUGGUCUCUUGUUGCUCCCCUUCUGUUCCCAGAUAGAGAGUUCUGAACUUUUUGAUCAAUAAAAGGAAGGCAGAGCUCUUGUUUGGUUUGGUUGCAAUCCGUAUGGCAUGUGUAUUUAUAUGUAAGAAAAUUCUGUGAGCUGAGGUGUUUAUUUCCACAAUAAUCUACUUGUUAACUGUAUGGUUAUGGUUUGAAUGGAUGGAUGAUCUUUAUUAUGAGCUA